GUUGGAAGGUCUUUGCCGUGUGGAGCCAGCCUGUCUGUGAAAAGGAACCACCCAAAACAGCAAGAUGGCGGCUAGCGGCGUCCGGCGGGCUGCUGCGGCGGCCAGCACCUCCGUGAGGCCCGUCUUCAGCCGGGACAUGAACGAGGCCAAGCGGAGGGUGCGCGAGCUCUACCGCGCCUGGUAUCGAGAGGCGCCGACCACUGUGCACUUACUCCAGCUAGACAUCACUGUGAAACAGCGACGGGACAAAGUCCGAGAAAUGUUUAUGAAGAAUGCCCAUGUCACAGACCCCAGGGUGGUUGAUCUUCUGGUCAUUAAAGGAAAGAUGGAGCCGCAGGAAACGAUUAACGUGUGGAAGCAGCGGACGCAUGUUACGCAGUUCUUCCAUGAAACAGAAGCACCAAGGCCAAAGGACUUCCUGUCUUAAGUUCUAUGUUGGCCACGACCCAUGAAGUCACUUGCCAGAAAGGUGCAUGUUGAUAUUUAAUUAUUUUAGAGCACAAAUAAACUCAUUAUACAAUGGUCACUGUGAUAGAAUUCUGUUGAUGAGCCAGUGGGAAGCUUCUGUGUCUGCAGUCUUUCUCACCUCUUGCCUGAACAAGUGGGGUCUUGGUAUAGAUACCACCUGUUCUUCUUCUUUUCCUGAAGUAUGAUGUUUCCCGAUUGGAUUCUCCUCUGAGGACAUGUCAGUAAACAAGAAAGGAUAAGGCCACUGCUCAGAAACUUGUCAUACUGGGUAUGCAGCCAGAUGACUUUGUAGACUGCCUGUCCAGCCUCCAGGAUUGGAUAGCUUGGUGUCAAAAGCAGAUUAUCCCAAAUUAGCCAGCUUUCACUAAUGGAGAGGGAUCAGGGAAGCACUGAGAGGCCUGGCCCCUCUACUUGCAACAAGCACCAGUUCUUAAAUUUAAUUUCCUACCCAAUUAGGCACCUUGCUAGGGACACAGCUGUUCAGUAAAGACAUAGAAAACAGAAAUAUCCCUACU